AGGUUUGCUCAGAGGGGCCAUUGACUCUUCCGAAGAGGUUCCAGCAAGGAUUUCUCUCCUCCAGGCUGUCCCGGAAUCCAUGGCCAGAUGUAUGAGAUGAAGAUCAGGUUUCGUGACACCAUCACCCAACUCCGGGUGGGACAGCGGCUGGAACUGGAGUGUCAGACUGACAGGGAUUAUGGAGUAUCCUGGGUCCGCCAGGACAAGAAUGGGACCCUUCACUUCAUCGUUUUCAUCUCUUUCCUGUCCCGAGUCACCUUCAUGGGGAAUCAGGGAACACCCACACGCUUCGAGGCCAGCAAAGAUAACACUAUCUAUCGGUUGGUAGUGAAGUCUUUCACUCAGCAGGAUGAAGGGAACUAUUUCUGCCUUGCAAACAUCAACCGAAGGCUGUACUUCAGCCCUGGCCUGCCUGCCUUCUUCCCAGUCAUCACCACACCGGGACCCACCACUCAACGUGGUAUCACCGGAAAGGACUCCAACGUCAAGACUCAGGAUCCAGGUAGCCUGGGUGCAGGGAGGGAGAGGGGAACAGCUGGGUUCUGGCCCACUGAUACCACUGAAACCUGCAGGCAUUUUGGGCCCCGAGCACCUGCUGGACCUUUCCCCUUCUCCAUUCAUGCUCAAAGGUUGGACUCAAUGAUCUUGGAGGUCAUUUACAAACUUAAUGUUUCUGUGCUUUUUUGGCCUUUACCCUUCUCUUUUCCUUCAGAGUCCAGCACAGAGAAGGACCUGAAUUCCUUCUGUGAUGGUGUCAUCUGGGUUCCCUUGGCAGGUGCCUGCCUCCUGCUCCUCAUCGCCCUGGCCAUCACCAUCCUGCAGUGCCCAAAAACCAGAAGACGAAGGUGCAGAUGUAAAAGGCCUGUGCAGGGGAAGCCCCACACCAAACCAGGCACAAAAAACUGACAUCUUGCAGCAUCCACACCUUUGGGCUUCUGGAUCGUCUCCCAGGAGCUGUCAGCACACAAACCCAUCUCCUACGUUCUCUACACUGUGACUGCACCUCAUGCACUCUGCCCUGGCAAACUGGAAAAGACAAGAUGGAGCACAGACACUCAGACAACAAG